GCCCUUCCCGGAUGCUUCCAGCUAUGCUCACGUUCUCCGUGCCUUCUGCGAAGACUUGCUGACUGAAAGUCGCGAGGCCAUGUUGCAGGUGGACGUUGAUGCUUACCAGCAGCUGCUUCGUAGCAGCACUCACCUGGGCGACGCGGAAUGUGCUGGUCGCCUCUGGGGCUACAUGAAACGCUUCGGUGUUGAUCCUGACACAUCUACCCUGCUGAAGGUGUUGGAGGUCUCCAGCAGCGCACCUUUCCUGGGUUUGGCACAGGAAAGCUAUGGGGCUUUGCCUGAGAAAAGCCAGACCGAAGAGACCCUGCUGCUGGCGUUGCGCCCGCUGGCAGAGCUUGGGGAUUGGCGUGGCCUGGAACGGAUGCUGCAGAGGCAUUUGCCAGAAGGCCAGAGUGCAGCAGUGGCGAUGCUGCAGCUUCAAGCACUCUCCGAAGCCAUGCCUAGGAAGCGCCAGCGCAGCAUGGAUGCAGCCGGCCGAUUGCUGCGCGCCGGCGGACGGCUGGUGCCGGCUGGUGAUGAAGAAUCCCUGGGCUCCGCGUUGCUCCGCAGAGCCUUGGGCCCUGGGCGCCGGGAGAUGGCGGCAAUGGCAUCGGUGCCGUUGCCACGACUGGCAGGACCCAUGCGACAGAGGCAAGCAGGGCUGCUGUGUGCAAGCCGCGCCAAAGUCGCCUUAGACUUGGGUGAUCCUCAGCGUGCAGAGGGCUGGAUUCACAGGUGGCUGCUUCUGCAAGAAGUCUUGAUCUUAGAGGGUUCCAGGGCCCUGGAUGGCCCUGGUGCUGGAUCGACUGUGGAGGCCUUAGAACCCACGCUGCCGCGGACCCUGUGCCGCCGCUUUCGCCCAACAAAAAGGCUCUGUGCUCUUGGACCUUAG